AUGAUUAAAAUAUUCCCAAUUGCAUCAUUGCGAACAUACAAGCAAAUAUUCCCAACACCAACAGAAACCACAAUGUAUGUAACAGAAGCAACUAGUUUAAAUGACAAGAAAGAAGAAAGUCUCUUCCUCACAUCACAAUCAUAUCGUAGCGCCGGUAGUUCGAAAAGAAAACGACUAGUCGACAGUCAAAUAUUUGAUGAAUUACCACUUGAAAAAGCUAAUGAAUUAGAGGAAGAAGCGAUUGGACACUUGGAACGGUUUCCUCGUUAG